GCUGGUCUGUGACGUCACGACGAGAAGUGGAAUAUAGAAGGCAGCUUGUUGUCUUCAGAACAGUUUGUUAUUCUACAGUUAGUGGUUGCAUUAACCGUGAGUUUGGACUGAACGAAAAUUUAGACAUGGAUUUCAACCUUGCGGAAAUUUUACAUUCAGGAAUGAGUCGUUCUGAGCUGUACAGGGUUCUAUCAUCAGAGGGAAUUCGUGCUGCAGAAGUCAAGUCUGGUGUUUUGCUGUACUUGUCUACAGUAUUCUACAGAUGGCCAAUCGAUCACAGAACAAAACUAGUUGCAUGUGUCAAUGCUGCAGGCGGUUACAUAGUGCAUUUCACAGACUACAUUAUUCUGGCUGAGUGGGUGGAGGAGAACGUGCAGAUAAGUGACACCAUAUCUCAUGUUAUCCGAUGUGCUUUCACAAUGCUGGAAAUGUCCAAAGUCCAACGGUGUAAAUAUUCCUAUGUGGACAAUAUCAAAAUAGCAUUAUCAGCUGGGGCGUUCACCAAAAUGAGACUGGGAGAAGAAGAGAGUCAGGUUUGUGCUGUCAUUGGCCCGGCUGUGGAAGAGAUACGAUCGGCUGAAGUGCUGCUGAAGCGACGCAACAUCAUUUUGUGCCCUGAAGCAUGGCGGCACUGUGACAGACAAAAUCUUAUUGUCAAAAGUAUUAAAAAUGAAGAAGCUGUCAAGUUGCUAUGCAGCAGGGAACAGAAAAGUAUGUCAGUGGAUGACCUGCGCCGUUACAACAUUCACUUUCCUAUGAAGAACUAUCCAAUUACAUACAUAUUAACAAAUGAAGAGAGAGAAACCUUCAUCCGUGAGUUUAUGAUUCAUACAGCCUGUAACAAGAUACAUGAAAAUCAGCAAUGGCAAGCCCCCAAUCCUGGCCUGCCAGAGAUAUGGCCUACCACCAUCAUGUUUGUGUAUCUGCAAUUCGUGCUGACUCAGAUGGAUCUGAGAUUCGAUCGUCACGAAGUCAGCGAAACUAUUGCAGGGCAGAUGUUCAGGUGCCGUGGGAAAAUCUGCAAUGUCUUCUUUUUUGAAGAGGGCUGUAUUUUUGUGUGUGCCGUUGGCUUACCUGGGGAUAAGAGACAGGAUAAGACUGCUCAAGCAGUGCAGGCUGCCUUGCGGAUACAUGAUACAUGCUGCCAACAAAUGGACAGUGUUUCGAGUAUCUCUAUAGGCGUAGCUACAGGAAGAGUCAAGUACAAGUUUGAAAAGAGCCCUUUGAGAGAAUGUUUCAGUGUGUAUGGAGAGAAAGUGCGUGAGGCUGCAAAGUUGUUGAUGAAAAAUCCAGGGAUUGUGUCAUGUGAUGAGCCGACCAAACACUACUCCAUGCUGCCUCUUUCAACCUUUAAGCUUCCAAAUUGGACCCAUGAGGUUGUGUGUGUUCUUGAACCUGGAUUGUCAUCUGAUGAGAUGAACGCCAGGCGAUUGGCUUUGGCUAACAUAUGGACAAUGCUGUACGAAGAGAAGGAGGUGGUGAAAUAUGCCGCUGUUAUUGGAUCCUUCACCGAUAACAACUUCAACUUUGAGCAGCUGAAGAAUACGAUGCCUCCUAGGGAUAAUCAGAAGCUCAUAAUCCUCCUGAGAUCACUGUUUAGAGUGGGCAUCUUCAAGUGUGCCUCAGAGCCCAGGAACAUCUCAUCAACCAAUUCCUGUUACUGCAAGAACAACUGCGAAGAGUUCAUUUGGUUCUCAGUGGAUCCUGUGUGGACGUGUCGGCAGAUGAGUUUCUGCACCAAGGGUGAAAUGGAGACAUAUGUGGAUUUAAUCUAUUGCAAUCAAUUCGACGGUUACCACAGUGGCCGUGCCGAAUUCCUGAUGAAAAAGACCUACCGCUGCAGCAAGUGCAACGCCAGGAGUUUCCAGUUCGAAGAGGAAGUGGUCAUAGAUGACAAUAGCGAGCAUCUCCAAGAGAUCUACAAGGCAAUACGGCAUUAUGAGAUCUUUCGUAGCCAAGGGAUGUGCUCUCGAAAUAAGGUGUACACAACUGAAGGAAAUGGUAAUGAUACAGAGAACUUCCUGGGCAAGGUGAUGUCAGUACUGACGGAAGCGCGUGAUAGGACGACUGCAGGCAGCUGCUGGUGUGCUCAGCUAGUGGAGACAGUACUCAUCCCUACACUGAAACACUGGUGGCUUUCAGGAUGCGUGUCCAAGACAUUUUACUACCUGGUGGAGAGUGCAGCUGCCUUUGUAUAUCUUCAGAAUUAUGAUAGGGCGUUGCAGUAUUUGACUAAGGCCAGGCACUUUCCGGAAAAUAUAAAAAAAGGCAAGCCUGCAUUUCCAUCAGCCUUUAGACCUUCCCAAUAUAUCGAUGACUUUCAUCAAGUAUUUAUGCAUCGGCUCACAGGAGAGAUUCUGUUUAGAGCAGGGAAAAUUCUGGAGGCAGAGGAGAAUUUUAAGAACGCCUUGAAGAUCCUGAACUGCAAUCUGCCUCGCAGUUCUGUUGCACAAUCCUUUAAGCUCAUAUACGAGAAGCUGAAGAAACUCCAUUAUCGGUCCAAACAGUUCCAGAUCCCAAGGGAAAGAAAGCUAGAGCGUCUACAUGAAUGCAUCAAUUGUCUGUCUUUCCUUUGGAAAAUCAAUUGCAUGCGUGGCCGGCUCAGGUGUGCAUCGCUGGCCAUCACCAUGGAAAUCAAUCUUGCCUUCCAGAGUACCAGUCCGUUCAAGAUCGUCUACUCCGCCAUCGACUAUCUCAAAUACAGUCAGUUUACAGGCGAGAAGAGCGAGUGCAAGCGUCUCGAAGCCUUCCUGUACAGAACUUGUGCCAGCCUUUCAGACCACCCUGGGGGACGGAGGCUGAUAAGCCACUUGACUCAAACCCUUGCCGUCGUUAAAAUGUGCACAGGGGACCUGGAGCAGUCAAUCGAGUGCACUAUUCGAGCUCAGCAGCUGUGUGAAGUCCAGAACAUACCCGGUUUGGACGUGAGGACCACAGCUGCAUUACACCUGCCUCUGCUCCUCACUGACAGAUACAGCGAGAGUGUGCAGCAGAUCCAGACUCUGAGCAAAGAAAUGUCAAGCAGCAUAGCAAAGGGCUGGUUUUAUGCUGCCUGCAUGAACUUCUUUCUGUAUGCUGGAUUUGUAUUCAGACCAUUCGAGGAGUGUUUGGCUUUUGUGGAAGAGUCUCGGUCAGAUGCCAACCUGGAAGCUGAUAAGAGUCUGAUGCUGCAUCUUUACUCUGCAGUGGCUCUGUGGUAUGCACGGCUGGAAAAUUGGGAGAUAUUUGCUGUCUUCUUUGAUAAGGCGUAUAAAUUGUACACUUGGAUUCCAACCUUCAUUGAGUCUAUCAGUAGUGGUGGGGUCAUGCUCCUGGAGUGCAGCAUCCUACUCUUCAGGAAAGAACUGAUUGAUUGCAACCGUCAAAGAAGGAUUACCCUUAAAAGAGCACAAAAGCUCUCUUCAGACUUCACACGUUUUGGAAAAAGUCACAUCUUCACCCCACGUGUGUUGCACCUGAAUGCUUACCUGCACCACCUGACUGGAAGGAAAACGCUGGCGCAGGACCUCUUCAAGGAAGCUCUGGUGCUGUGUGAGAAACAGGGCAACCUUCUAGACCAGAAGUGGAUCAGGCAGAGCCAGGUUGACUGCUCUGGUGCAUGUAGCCACACUCCAGCAGAGUGGUCUACAGCUGUUCUGAGCAUGCCCAGAUGGGACCAAGCAGCAAAACUCCAGCCUGAGGAGCUGCUUAACUAUCGCUUCCACUGAAACAAGCAGAGGUUAGACGGCGUUCCCAUAUUUUGUAAAAACUUGCAGGUGGUCAAAUGUGGCAUGAAAAUACAAAUUGGAAAUAAAAUAGUGACACCAAACCCAAAUCUGUGUCUGUCAUUAUGAAAUAUUAUGGCGUGAACUGCAACACUUUUAAUCAUGAAACAUUAAAAG